UGCAUCAUCCAUCCAAUGUAGACGUCUUUUUUCACUCCCUUGUUUUCUGUCAUUUUAGAAUCGUAACUAUAAUAAUUUAUUUUCGCGAAAAAACAUGUACAGAGACUAUUGUGUAACCAACCAGUGUAUUGAAAAGUUAUAAAGAUAAUUUUUGGUGAUAAGAACAUAACUCGGAGGAAUGGGGGCACAAAUCAGAACACCCCGCCUUACAACGAAGAAGCAGUGAGAGCUUUUAACUAGUUCCUAUGUCUGUGAUCGCGAGGUGAAUAAUCGCAUUGUGUUAAGUCCAUGUUUCCAUUGGAAGUUCGAUACGUUUAGUCCGAAAUGGAUACCUUGCAAAUAGGGCAUGGGCAUAGCAAGGGAUCGAGUAGAAGUCAGUCACCAUCUGCCGUGGACUUGCGAGACCCGGCGGUGGUGACUGAUGACGUCAUCAGAUCGAGGGUCCAGUCACCAUCUACUGCUCACCAUGAGUCAUCGCGCCAUGCGGAGUCCCGCGCCCACCACGUCAAGUCGCAUUCCAGAGAUCUGGGCAACAGCCCGCUUUCCGGGAACACAACUGUUAACAGCUCUAGAGAUUUGGAGGACUCGCCACAAAAGAAGAGCAUGUCCAACAUUCUAAGUCCGAGCGACUACGCGUACGCUGUAGUCAGUCCUAACGUAUCAUACGCACUCUCCACUGACGAAUACGGUUCUCCGGCUUACAGAGCUCCGAGUGAAUACGCGAACGCCGUGGUCAGACCUAAGGUGUCGUACACACUCUCCUUCGACGAGUACGACUCGCCGAGAUAUAGAGGUCAGGAUGGGGACUAUAAUAAUCAAGAUGAUGGAGAUGGCAGCGGGAAUGUGACGUCAGCUAAGGCGCAGGCCGCCAUAGCUCACCUCAACAGUAAGAUCGAGCGCACCAAGGAACUCAUCCGCUUGGAACAGACUAUACGUGACGACAACGUGAAUGAAUACCUGAAGCUGGCUGCGAACGCGGACAAACAACAGCUGCAACGUAUCAAGGCGGUGUUCGAGAAGAAGAAUCAGAAGAGCGCGCUAUGUAUCGUGCAGUUACAGAAGAAGCUCGAUGGUUAUAACAAACGUAUCAAGAGCUGGGAGCAACAUGGCACGAGUGGACAGUCGCAUAGACAACCUAGAGAAGUUUUGCGGGACAUGGGACAAGGUUUAAAGAACGUUGGUGGCAACAUUCGCGACGGCAUUACCGGUCUCGGCGGAAGCGUGAUGUCUGCGCCGCGCGAGUUCGCGCAUCUCUUUUCGCGGUCAAACCGCUUCGGGUCCGCAGACAACAUCGCACAACUCGCCGAAAACACGGGUCCCUCGAACGCGUCGUCGGAAGGCUCUCGUGCUUCGGAAGCAGGCGAGGGCGGAGGCCGGGGCUCCACGCUUCCCCGCGCAGCCACCAGCGCCGCUUCGCCCGCGCACAAAUACUCACCCGACGCUUCGCCUUCUUCAUCAGUGACGAGUGAAGGAGCGCCAUUUUUACUAUGCAACAGGUACCCAACACAGUCGGGUUCCAACAACAUGUCGGAGGCGACGUUCAGCAUUAAACCGAUCCUGAACGAAUUGCGCGAGCGACGGGAAGACUACGAACGGUUAGCCGAGAAAAUGGAUACGCUCAAGAACCUAUCACAGGAGGUGUCGUUUUUGUCGGCGGCGUUACAAGAGGAGCGCUUCAAGACGGAGCGGCUGGAGGAACAAAUUAAUGAUCUCACUGAACUGCAUCAAAACGAGGUAGAAAAUUUAAAACAAGCACUAACGGAUGUUGAAGAAAAAGUACAAUAUCAAAGUGAAGAGCGAAUACGAGACAUACAUGAGGCGUUAGAUUUAUGUCAAACUAAAAUUAGCAAAUUAGAGCAAUGGAUGGCGGGUGGUGGUGGUGGAGGGGGAGCGGGGGGCGCGGGCGGAGACACGGGAGGGGCGGCGGCUCUCCCCCCACGGUUGUUACUGGUUAAACUCCUCAACGUGGCCAUCACGUUACUGCAGUUAGCCUUGCUGCUCGUAGCCACGGUCGCUGGAGUCGCCAUGCCUUUUCUACGCACUAGAGUCCGAGUACUGACAACGAGUUUAGCUCUUAUGGUCGCCGUCAUGGUCCUGAAGCAGUGGCCCGAAGUGACCCAAUUGUCCGAACACCUGCUGCGACGCCUCAAAGAGUACCUCCUCGACAAACACCACGAGAGGUAUGAAUGCAAGUCAUUGUGUGGUUGAUUACUAAUGGGCGUUUUGGUGGAAACAGUGAUAUUUCAAUUUUGCCCUGACGUUUUUUCUUAAUUUUAUUCAGUCGAAGACUGAAACCGCCUCAGUUGUUAAGGUAUUAAUAAAUAUGUUUGGCGUCUUUGAGAAAGCAAUAAAUGUCAUGACAAGAUAAAUAAGUGUAAAACCUAGACAAGUAGACAAUAUAUAGCAAUAAUAAUUUACGCCAGCAGUUAAUAACGAUAAAAAUAUCCAGAAUCUAUCUCAGAUAGUUACAGAAAGCCGGUCACUUAAAUAUUUGUUUUCGUCACCUGUCUAAGAUAUUAUUAAAAAAAUAUGUAAAAGUAUUUUUAACAUGUGGAAUAAUUUAUCCAAUUUCUGCAUUAUAUUUGCUUCCUUGAAUCCGGAAUCUUGGAUUACUUAGAAGAUAUUAUUAAUUUCAGGCAUGAGAUGGUAUGUUUUUUUAGAUAAAUUUGGGACUAUUUAAUUUAAAUUGUAGAUCUCCUAUUCUCAAAGUUGUAUGUAAGAGGAAUAUUAUGCUGUGAUUAUAUGUAACUGUAUGUUUAUUAAGGGUAAAAGGAAUUAAGAAUAUUAUUUUAAUUUUUUAUGAGUUUAAUUUUUAAUUAUACUUAUUUAUCUUGCUAAACAGUUAAUAUUCAAUACGAUGUAAAGGUUUGAGCAGUCCUGCAUUGGUUUUCAAUUUAAAAGUUUUUUUUUUUAAUAAUUUCACGACACACUUACCCCUAACAUAACAUCUCCGUUGAAGAUGAAACCGAUCCGAACCGAACCGAUUUGUAUUUCAAAAAAAUUUAUUUAAAGUGUAGGUUUUACCUGAAAUUGUCAUAAAAUUAUAUAAACAAAUAUUGUGUAAAUUACUUUAAAAAAAUCUCCUUUUGUCUGGAAACAUUUUUUAACCCCGCUUUUUUCUGUAAUUCUAAAUGCUGACACAAUGUAAGCUGUAUCCACUCAAGUAUAAUUUUUCGAAAAUUGUUUUGUCACGACAUAUUAUUUUGUUGAAACACGCUGGUGAUUCAAAUUGUUGCUUGCAAGGGAUUGAGUCUAUGGCAACUUUAAAUGUCUACGUACCAUUUUUUUAUGUCCGGGUAAGACUGCUUAAAACCUCAUUUGUACUAGAAUCCAGAUUCUAUCAUUCAUUCUUACACUCUUAACUUGGAAAUGCAAGAAUUGGCACUCCAUAUAUGAAGACGUGUCAAAAUUUACGUCAAAAUAUAUAUAUGGAUCGCAGUUUGUUUAUAUGUGACAUUUCAAUUUAUACUUCUAUUUUGCGUUUAGAUUUCAAUAAAUAAUAAAAUGGGAAAUAUUGCUUUCCAAUUUGAAUGUGCUUUUCAAAACCAACCUUAGCAUGAGUUUUGCUCACUUGUAAUCGUUAUCGUUUUGGAAUAUCGAAACAAUUAGCCUGUCAAUGUCAGUGUCAACAUUUCUAAAAUGAAAAUAAUUUGCACAGAAAUAAGAGAAACAUUCGAUCAAUUUUACUUCAUCGUUUCUGAGUUUCGGUAAUCGCAAACGCGAUUAAAAACCUGCUAAACUUUUGAUAAUGUUAAUGAAUUCAUUAGAUAGGGCUGGAUCCCUUAUGUAAAUUUUUAAUACUUUUUAUAACGUCAUAUCUUAAAUCCGUGGUUCGGUUAGCACAUAGCGACUAACGCAAUUGUUGUUAUUGGCUUGCAAUUGGUUAUUGUAAUUCAAAUUACGUACUUUAGCCAAUACUGGAACAGUGGCAGCAUCUCAGAGUGGAUUGCGAGCUACGAAUUAAUUGGUCAUCUUCAAAUGGUUUUAGUUAUUUUAAAUAAUGGAACGUAGGCAUAUAAUAGAACUCAUUAUUUUUGUUCCUAUUUUAUACUUUUUUUAUUACAGUCGCAAACGUUUGUUACUUGUAGAGGAUUUAAUUCCAUUUUACAGUGGCGUUAUGGUAUCGAAACUUACCAAACCGAAAACAGAUUUCGUAACGUCCAAACUCUUUCUAGGGUAACAUUACAGUAGUUCGGACUUUAUUUUUUUAUUAGGUGUCCAUAGUGAAAUUUAUGUACGAAUGCAAUCUAGAAUAUUGUUAAAAUAUUUUAUUUAUUAAAAUUCGAUUGAUAUAUUAUUUUAUAGGAAAAAUGAGUGUUUUGAUAUUUUGGCUUCGGGAACAAAACAAUAUUAAAAUACUCACCUCUGUUAAUAAACGUAGAAUAGAAGCGUCGCAAAUCUUAUUUUUUCAUAUAUUUUUUUCAUUUCAUUGUUGGCUUAAAAACUUAAACUUAAGUUUAGUUUGAUGAAGGGGUGUCAGAAUAAUAGUUUUUUUUUGUGUGUCACAAUAAGAACUGCCAAUUAACACGGCUACCUGAGCUCACCGUAAGUUGAGAUCCGUGGCCACCAUACGUUAACGUUCCCCUGAUAUCAAACUACAGCUCACCGGAAACAACCAAAUAACUAAUACAAAUUGAUUUGUGAGUAAUCCUUUUUGGAUGAGGCCAUUAUGUUUUUAUAUUCAUUAAAACUUCUUUUUUAUAUUGAUGUUAUAUAAAUUAGUCAGGAAAAAAUUCUAGUGACGUUAAAAGCUGUUUAAAUAUAACGGCGGUAACUGUUUUUCACUUAACUUUAUUUAUUGGUUCAAAUAUAAAUUUAUAAAUAAGAUUUAAUUUAAUUUUAUAUUGCUAAUGUGCCCUUGCUUUUUUUGGUAUGACGUUCUUUCACGCAGCGACGGAUCAACGUGUUUUAUGGAUCAAGCGCGGAGAAUGACGUACGCCCUUUUUAUCCUAGAAAAAGUUUUUAUUUAAAUUUCACGCGACACAAUAACGAGCACAAGAUAGCUUCGAAUAAAAACAUGUCCUCUAUAGAAGUUAAUAGAUAACUGCUUUUUUUAAACAAAGUCAAAAUAUAAAAUUUUCUCCUGGAAACAUAUUUUUGUGUUAAAACAGUUACUUCCGCUACGAAUUUUGAAACUACCAAGUUUAUUUAGGUGAAAUCAUUUUCUAAUAAUAUUGAUGUAAUGUAAACAUUCCAAAUUUCUCACUGGUCGAAUAGUUAUUCGGACGCAUCUUAAAUUAUUCUAGACAUUCUACCCUCCACGAUGGUAUGAUGUACAAAAUUAUCUUUCUAAAAUUGUGUUAUGUGAUCUGUAUAUUGUGUAAAUAUUUUUUUUUUUACUAAGUGCUGUAAUUAUUUCGUCAUUGUAUUUUUUUUUAUAUAAAUGUGUAUUCAAAUUAGUUGCAUUAGACUGAGCGGCAACAUUGCGGCAUUCCAAAAGCUUAUAAUGGUAUGACCUUGAGUAUUUCAGCCGCCGUGCCAUCGCUCAGCUUAAAUGCCUUAAUAAAUUAAACGCUAAUCCUAUGAGAAUACACACAGAAGGCAAUCGUCAUGGGUAUUUCAAUACUAAAAGAUUUUAACGCCUGAACUGGGUGUUCUGUGUAGGAUGUAGACGAAUCGGCGAUUUCUAUUUUAUUUUGAGUAAGCAUAUCACAAUAUAUUUUACUUUUAAAAUGUUUUAUCUAUAGUACUGUUUAACGGAUUUUUGCUAUGUUGCGCGGAGUUUUCACAUUACUCUCCUCCAAUAAGAAUCACCGCUUUGAAAAUAAUAAUAAUUCACCUAGAUACAGUGCACAGUUGAUGUGCAAACUUAGCUUAAUAAGAUAAUAAAACUCGAGUUAAGUUAAAAACACGUGUGAUUAAUAUCUUAAGAGAAGGUAAAUCAAAUGUUCAUACUGUAAUCGUUAAGAUCUUGAAGAGCUUAUGAUUUAGUAAGUACGACAUUUCUCAUACUGAUACCACAAUUUUGAAAUGAAUUUUGAAUUUUGAAUUUUUUGAACUACUCAGCUUUAGCAAUGGUUGGUUUUAUUUGCCGAUCAUAACUAAUUAUUAUAGAGAUAAUAAUUUGUUUUCAAUAUACAAUAGGAGUUCGGUUAGUAGGGCCUUUAUUUAACGUUCGCAAACUUACGACUCACCCAACAUAGCAAAAAGAUCAAAAAAGUAUUUUAAAGCUAACGAAAUAUUGAUAUUUCUUUGGAGCUCUACACUAUAAGUGUAU